AUGAAAUGGCAACCCGCUCCCGGAGCACCGCUUGUCCCCGUCCCCUCUCAAUCAAGGAGAGUCUACGGGGAAAUAUCCCUUGGACGAGCAAUCUCCCUUAUCCUGGGAUUGCAAAAUCAAAUCCUCCGACUCGAGCGGGAACUCGAGGAAACAAAGGAAGCCACAAAGGAAGCCCGAGACUGGAUGGGCGCAGUCGAUCAAGCCCUCACUCGCAUCGAGGCUAGGGGUGGAGCCCCCCACACACCAGAAGACCGGAAACCUCCGGCAGUCGAGGCCACGCCCAGGCCCCUAUCCAAAACCGACACUUUUCCAGCGCCUAGUGCGCCCCUCGUCUCCUGGGCCAUCCCCUCCAAAGCUCCCCCUGCCUUUGCGCAGCCAACUCCCGUCCGGGCUCCCCCGCGAGUCCAUACUCCCCCUCCACCUUCGCCUAUCCGUCUCCGUUCCCCCCAAGUCCCACAACCAGCGGCCCCUGUAGCCGCUUAUCAAACCCCUGUCAAGGUAGACCACCCUGACGCCUAUACAGGGAAAAUAGGGAACAAAGCCCGUCAAUGGCUCACGCGGAUGUUGGCAUGGGUACGCCUGAAUCAAAGGAUGUUCCCAACUGAUCAGGAGGUCCUAUCAUUCCUCCUGAUGAAUAUGAAGGAUGUGGCAGGAGCCUGGGCCCACCCCCAUCUUGACCAAUUGGGGUCCCACAGGGCCCUAAUCCAAUCGGUUGACAACUUCAGGACGGAGUUCUUGGCUGCAUUCGGUAACCCGGAUGCUACGCGAGCCGCCGAGCGGCAGAUCACCCACCUCACUCAGACAGGCACCUGUGCUGAGUAUAUUACUAAGUUCAGAACCAUUGCCAUGGACCUGGACUGGAAUGAUGCCGCCCUCCGUGGGCAAUUUGCACGUGGCCUCCACUGGGAGCGGCGCCCAACUACCCUCCUGGAGCUGCAAAACGCGGCCCUGGUCAUCGACAACGCCCUCCGUGAGGAGCGCGCCAGCCACCCGCCUAAGGGUAAUAAGUCUGGUACCUCCACUACCACCCCCAAUAGGGGGGCAAGUACUGGCCAACAGGCCACAAGACCAGGACGCCUUUCCAGCGAUCCCAACUUUGUCUCUGAGGAGGAACGAAACCGCCGCAGGGCUGAAGGCCUCUGCAUCAAAUGCAGUAAGGUGGGCCAUAAAUUUGCGGAAUGUUGCACUGGCUGGAAAGCCACACCCAAGGAGGAAGGUGUCAAGAAGGAAGUUGCCAAAAUUGGCAAAGACUCCAAGUACCAAUCGGGAAAAGAUCACAAUAGAAAUUCUCCCCUAUUCACAAUUUCAAUUAAACCAGAGAAACAAGCGGAACACCUAGAAGUCCUGAUAGACUCAGGCGCCACAUUGUCAUUCCUUCACCCCCGUACCGCCGAGGCAUUACGCCUACCUCUUAUAGACCUCCCAACACCCCGCACUGUUACUAUGCUCGAUGGGUCGAGCCCCCAGGCAGGAAAAAUCUGGAAGAAGGCAGUACUUACUUUCACCUAUGAUGGCAAAAAGAUGACGGAAACCUUCCUCAUCUGUAACACCGGCAGUCACGCGGCCAUCUUAGGUUUGAAAUGGUUAGAUGCCCACAACCCGGAAAUAGAUUGGAACACGCGCACCCUCUCCUUCCCACACACUCCGCCAGAGCACGUGGCCAUUGCCAAGGAAGAAGAAGCUGACCCAAACCCCCUAGAAGGAGUACCCUCCAAGUACCAUCAAUACGCUAAGGUAUUUGGAGAAGAAGAAUUCAACCAGCUUCCUCCCCAUAGGCACUAUGACAUAGGGAUUGAACUCACAGAAGAAGGCCCGCUCAACUUGCCUCUCUAUAGUAUGACCAAUGCCAAAUCCGCCACGCUCAAGGAUUGGCUCAGGGACAAGCUCAAGGCUGGGAAGAUCCGCCCCAGCAAAUCAUCCAUCAGCUCCCCAGUCAUGUUUGUCCCCAAGAAGGAUGGCUCCCGUCGCCUAGUAGUGGACUAUCGUUGCCUAAACAACCGGACAAAGAAGAAUGUGUACCCGCUGCCCCGUCCCAAUGACCUAAUGGCCCAACUCCGCGGCGCCAAGGUCUUCACCAAGUUAGAUCUAAGAUGGGGUUACAAUAACGUCCGGGUCAAGGAAGGCAACGAAUGGAAGACAGCCUUCCGCACAAAGUACGGUCUCUACGAGUCCCUGGUAAUGACCUUUGGUUUGACAAACGCCCCCGCCGCCUUUCAACACUUCAUGAACAAAUUGUUCAAGGAUCUCCUGGAUGUAUGCGUCAUCAUUUACCUUGAUGACAUCCUAAUCUACUCUAAGGAUGACGCAACACCACUCAACACUCUGGAUAAGCUCAAAAUCCAGGCGGUCCAAGAAUGGCCUACACCCACUAAGCCAUAUGGCCAGGCCAUUACAUACCUGGUCAAAAAGGAUGUACCAUGGAGAUGGGAUACUAGGGAACAAGAAGCAUUCCAAGGAUUAAAGGACGCCAUUACCAACGCUCCAGUACUAUGUCACGCUGAUCCCUCCAAACCCUACUUCUUGGAGACGGACGCCUCAGGAGCAGCACUGGAUCCAUACUCAGCCAACGGCAGGAAGACGGACGCCUACAUCCUCUGGGCUUCUUCAAUCAUUCGCUCCUUUGAGUAUUGGCGUAUAUUCUUGGAAGGCACUGCACAUCCCAUCACCGUCUUCACGGAUCACCGCAACCUGGAGUAUUGGAAGGAGUCCCGUACAUUCAACCAACGUCACGCCAGAUGGCACCUACUACUAGCCGGAUACAACUUCCAGAUUGUCUACCACCAUGCUCCCCAACCCUGUAUUUGCCAACGUUGCCCUAGUCACACCCAAAAGGAGCUGCAACGCCAGAUCAAAGCAUCCCUGGAUCAGGACGAAUCCCUGGAGGAAAUACUCCAAUUCCUACAGAACGAGUCAAAAGCCCCGCCUUCUAUCAAACAAGCUUUCAAAGAUUACCAAAUGGAAGCAGCCUGCUCUUCUAUCAGGGAAGGAUUGUGGUACCAGAUACUGGAACGCUACGGACAGACCUACUCCGCAUAUACCACGACAGCCUCUAGCCGGGCACCCGGGUAG